AUGGAGUUGAGCCACGCUCUCGUCGACGCAGUCUGGAGACCCAAAUUCCUCGUAGAAUGGGAAGAGGGCCGACUCCAGAAGUGGCUCGACCCGUCCGCCCACCUCGUCGGGCCGCUCCCGUGGGACCUCUCGCCGCUCAACCCCAAGAACCGGGUCGAUUCGCUGGAGCAAGCCAACAACAACAGCAACGCAGGCUGGCGCAUCGACGGGGCCACGGUCUGCGGCACGCGCUUCUUCGCCGUGCCGCUCGCCCUCCUGCCCGCGCUUCCACCGCUGGGGAUCUUCGUGACUCUGCCGGACCAGACGACGUUCCCGCCCGCGCUGCGGUCGACGCUCGAUGCUUCGGCCAGCGUGCCGUUGCGCAGCGGGCCGGCUAUCGCCAGGCUGGGCGUCUCGCGGCACAUCUGCCGCGCCCUUGACUAUCAGUGUGAGAGGGAUCCGAGCAUCCUGGGUCGGUACCGCAGAUUGCCCUUUGGGUCGGAGCUCGUCUUUGAGAACGUCGCUUCGGACCCGGCAGACAUGCGGCUGACGGUGGUGGCCAACCACGACUUUGAGCGGAAAGCGCGCAGGUUGGGGGACCUUCGCGAGCUCUGGUCCGACAUCCCUGCCGAUGCCUGGCCCGUGGAAGUCGACCUCUUGUCGCUGCGCUUCGUGCGACAGAUACACGAUACCGUCUGCCUCGUCGAAAGCCCCGGGCGUGACGGCACAGUGGUCUUCAAGUCAGCCGUUGGCUCCGUCGAACACAUGUAUCACGAGCUCCGCUUCCUCCUGACGAUCCCGCCUCAUCCAAACGUGAUGCCCCGGCCCCUCGCCAUCGUCACCAAGCGCAGCGCCUUCGGUGGCAAGCGCGGCGUGGUGGGUUUCCUGCUGCGGCACUUCGCCGCCGGCUCUCUGCGCGACGUGCUGCCAGCGAGGCAGCGAGCUGGGACACUGCCGGCCCGUGUCAAGGCGAAGUGGUGCCGCCAGGUCGUUGCAGCGCUCGUCCACAUCCGGGAGGCGGCUGGCACCUUUUAUCCCGACUUGCGGCCUGACAACGUGCUGCUGGACGAAGACGACGGCAACGGCGGCGGCGGCGGCAGCGUUGUCCUGUGUGAUUUUGAGCAGCGGGGUAACUGGCAUGAAUGGUGCGCACCCGAAGUCUUGUUUCGCCAGUACGCCGAGAACAUCCGCGCCGCGCUGCUCUUGUCCAGAUCCGAGGACGACGCCGGGUACGGCGUGGCUUCCUCCUACCGCCGCCUCCUCGCCGGAUACGCGCCUCCGGCCCACCUCAUCGAAACGCCAGUUCAGGCGGCGAAUCGCCCCUGGUUUCUCCUCCCCGCCGCGGCCCAGGAAAAGGCUGUCGUGUACUCGGUGGGCCUCUUCAUCUACACCAUGUUCGAGGGCCUCAGUAACGUGCGUCGCAGCAUUGCAAAUCAGUGGCUCAUCGAUCCCGAUGUCGAGUUCCCCGCCGUUCGAAACACCCCCGGGGCGGUGAUGGACCUGGUGAAGCGCUGCACAGACGGUGCCGUGGAGUGGGCUGAUCAGGAAAGAGGCGUCGACAAGCCGCCGCGUGUCGUUCGCCAAGGCGGCGCCUUGUAUCCGGACGGACAGCUUGACUUGGAGUUCGGCACGGCGGCGACGGCUGCAACUGUCCUCGAUGCCGCUCGUGCUUGGUGGUCUGCAGAACUGGCUGGGGCCGAGAGCUUUCUACAGAGCGACGAGUGGCGGAGCCAGGAGUUUGGAAAAGGCAGACCUUCGCUGCGCCAAGUCCUACAAGAGCUGGACCGUCUUGGAGAAGGAUUAGACGAUACGGCAGGCUAG